AUGGUGUCUACAAUAUGUGCCAGAAAGGCCUCACAUCCCUCUCUUAUUCAUUGGAACACUCAAGUAAUUAUUGCAGCCCAGGAGAUUGCCCAUAGCUUAGAAACUGAGAAAGAUGUCCCCCCUAGGAUGAUAUGCAAAAUUGACAUUGAAAAGGCAUUUGAUAAUGUUGAGUGGCCUGCCAUUAUUGCUACCCUUCAGAGGAUGCUCUUUCCGGAAAACUGGAUUACUUGGAUUAGUUCCUAUCUCAACUCUGCUUCUUUUUCUUUCCUCGUUAAUGGCCAUCCUACUUCCUGGAUCUUGAGUAGUAGAGGCGUUCGCCAAGGGGAUCCCAUCUCUCCCCUUCUCUUCAUCCUUGUGUCUCAGAAUCUUUCUGCUAUUCUGAACAGAGCCCUUCAACUCGACAUGAUCCACGGCUUUAAUCAAAAUCUUUCAAAAAAUUUCAAUCAUCUGUUGUUUGCUGACGAUCUAAUCCUCAUCACUAAGGCUACCAGGAGAAACGCCAGAAAUUGCCUCUUGUGCUUGAAUGUUUAUCAAAACCUUACUGGGCAAAAACAAAAUUUGUCGAAAUCAGCCUUGUAUGUCCGUUCUUGGCAAAUGCUAUAUCAAAAAUCCUUGGCAUUAAAUUGGAGAGUUAUCCAUUCUUGGAAUCAUUCUUCCCUCUCUAUGGCUGGCAAAAUUACCCUUCUCAACAGUACUGUCUUUGCCAUUCCAAAUUACAUUUUGUCGGUAAUGAAUCUUCCUAUCUCUAUUCUGGACUGUAUCUCUAAGCUUGCUCGGUGCUUCCUCUGGGGUAGGAGCAGCAAUAAUCAGGAUUUUCACUCGAUUGGCUGGUCAAUUACUACACUUUGCAAAUCUAAUGGGGGCCUCGGCAUUCAUAAUCUUAGACUUGUGAAUCACUCUCUCAUGACGAAAAACCUCUUAGCUAUUCUUAACUCUGAGGAUAAAAUUUGGGUCCACAUUUUCAAAAACAAAUAUAGAGGUUGGUGUCUCUGGGAUCCUGAUUUUUUCCCUGACUCCUCCUGGUUUUAUAAAUCCAUUUGUAAUACGACUAAUGUGGUCCGUUCAAAUUUUAAACUCUUUUCCUGCGACCCUGAUCUUGUGGAUAUUUGGAAGGAUGCUUGUAUUUUUGAUCUUCCUAUCUCUCGCAAGCCUACUUUCCUUAAUACUUCCAUGGAUCUUGAUGAGCUCAAAUUUUCAUACCUGAUUUCUUCUAAUGGUUUCUGCUCUGCUAUUGUCAAUGAUCUAUUUGGAAACUCUUUUGAUAUAAACUGCAUAAAUGACACUAAUUUUAAUAAUGAUGGCACUCUGGUUUGGAAAUGGAAUCAGUUAUCCUGUAACGUUUCUGUUGCCUCCACGGUUUACAAUAACCUGAACAGAAACCCUUGUUCUACUGAUCCCUGGAUUGGUUGGUGUGAAAUCUGGAGACUUCCUGUCAUCCCGCGCAUCAAAGUUCAUAUCUGGAAGCUUGCUCAUGGAAAACUCCCCACUUAUUCCUAUCUUUAUAAUUUGAACAUUGGACCAAAUAACCCCUGCCCCCUUUGUGGGUUGGAGCCAGAAACUACUGCUCACCUAUUCUGGGAGUAUGCUCUCCUCAGCUCUAAUUCUGGCUCAAUUGUUAUAUUUACUGAUGCAUCUUGGUCGGCUGACACUUCGGUCGCAGGUUUAGGUUUCUUAAUCCUUACUAACUCCAUGCGCAUUCUAGCUACAGGUUCAUGGGGCACAACUUCUUCCUCUCCCGUGCAAGCUGAGAUCGCUGCAAUCAACUUUGCCUUUCAUACAUGCAAUGAAAAUGGUUGGAUGCCGAAUUUGGUGUUCUGUGACUGCCCUGGGGUGGCUCAACUUCUGAAACAUUACAAUGCCAGUAUUGCUUGGCAUAUCACUACUGAAUUCCACUGCAUGAGGAGAAACCUAGUACUGUUUCCUAAUACUAGCAUCCACACCAUCUCCAAAGAUCUUAACUCCUUUGCUGAUAGUCUUGCAAAUUUUGGGAAAUCAAACCCUCAACUUCAAGUGUGUGUGUGUGGAACAAGUCCAUAUGCUUGA